AGAAUCAUUACUUCUAUCUUGUCGUAACGUUUGAUCACUUCGAAGAGAAGAAGCUUCAGGCCUUUUGAAGGAACAGGAGGAUUUGUUUUUUAGCUUUGAGCAGAAACCAGGAGGAAAAUCUACACAAAGAUGGGAAAAUUCCUAUUUGCUGUUGUUGCAGCUGUUGCAUCUCUGGUCUUGGCGGAAUCCCUGAUCUGCAACAAAUGCUCCCUCAGUCUGUUGGGCAACUGCUUGAAUGCUGUAAAUGAGACCUGCCCCACCAACUCUAGUGUCUGUUACACAGGAAGAGCCAAUUUCCCAUCCCUGCCAGACUUUGUGGGUUUCAACAUUCAGGGCUGCAAGGAAAACAGCACUGGAUGUGAUAGCACCACCCCUGACACUUUGCUGGGAGUCACCUAUAACACCAAGAUCACAUGCUGCUCCACCGACAGCUGCAACCCCAUCACACUCACAUCCGCUGCUCCGUCCACCAAGAUGACCUUCACUGUUGCUGCCAGUGGAGCCAUCCUGGCCUCCAUACUGGGAAGCAUUUUGUAAUAGAAAAGGAAAGCUGUUCAAGCUGUUUUCACAAAGGUUAAUGAAGGAUUAACAUAAUUAAGAGGUAUACUAAUUUGAUUGGAACUAGGGUCAGAUCUACCGGACCCAAGUUUUAUUGUUUGCAGAUGUUCAAAUCAUAAAAGUUCAUCAAAGGGAUGUUUCAAAGAAAUUUUGAGGAUUUUAAUCUUUCUUGAUUAUGUCUCGCUUUUUUGUUUUUACAGUUAAAUUAAAAUGUAUAUAUCUCUAUCAUUGUUGUGCCAUAAUAAACUUCACUACCUCUGUC